AUGUCUUACCCACCUCAACAGCCUCCCUACAGUGCGUACCCGCCUGACCAAUGCCCCCCCCAACCCCCUCCAAAAGCUCCUGGGUACCCUCCCGCCGUGUACCCGAACCAACCUCCCCUAUGUAUCGGUGGGUACACUCAGCCUCAGUACUAUUCACCAAGUCCCUACCCGGUUGACACUUCUAUGCAGAUGCCUAUGCCAACGUUGCAAAAUGCCUUUCAAGCGGUCGAUAAAGAUGGUAGUGGUUUUAUAGACGUAAAUGAACUGAAUCAAGCUCUUUCCUCAGCCGGUACGACAUUCAGUCUUGCUACAACGGAGAAGCUACUCAACAUGUUUAGCGGGGAGAGGCCGGGGGCUCUAAGCUUUGGUGAGUUUGAAGGGCUCUACGCAUUUGUUCAAGUCAUGUUUGCACGAUUUGUUCAACGUGAUAAAUCAAAAGAGGGACGCCUAGAUGGUAACGAGAUACGAAUGGCGCUGAUCGAGGGUGGCUAUCCACUUUCGGAGGAUACAUUUCAGGCGUUAAUGCGCAAGUUUGAUCGUAGUAGGAGCGGCUCCUUAGGAUUCGACGACUACAUCGAACUGUCCAUCUAUAUUUCCAAGGUACGUAGUGUUUUUAUGUUCUAUGAUCGGCAGCGUACAGGGGAAGUGGUCUUCAAUUUUGAUACCUUUGUGGCUGGAAGCCUUUCUACUCUUUAA